ACAUAUUUACAUACAAUAAUGUGCUAAUCACUCCCUGUUUUCUCGUUUCUACUAGUAAAAAUGAAGUUAGAUCCAUCGCAUUUCGCUCAUAUGAGCAAUACGGAGUUUCGUGUGUUAACUGCUAUUGAGCUGGGUAUGCGUAACCAUGAAUUCAUUCCGGUGAAGUUGAUCACAGCUACUGCCAACUUGCGUUCUUGUGGUAUGAGCAACGUACUAGCAUCUUUGACUAAAUCUAAGCUUAUAGUCCACAGUGGUGAAUCGUAUGAUGGCUACAAGCUAACCUUUUUGGGUUUAGAUUACUUGGCAUUACGUUCUCUUCACAAAAGAGGUGUAAUUGGUGCCGUCGGACGGCGUAUAGGUGUUGGUAAGGAGGCAGAUGUUCAUUUAUGCACUGACACUGAAGGGAACCUUUUGGUUCUUAAAAUACAUCGUCUAGGGCGCGUAUCAUUUCGUGCUGUGAAGCACAAGCGUGAUUACAUGGGAAAGCGCAAGCACGCCAGUUGGAUGUAUUUAUCUCAGUUGGCUGCUAAAAAGGAGUUUUCCUAUUUAUCUGCACUAUGGGAUGAGGAGUUCCCUGUCCCUCAGCCACUCGAUAUUAAUCGUCACGUUAUCGCAAUGAAGUUUGUAGACGGCAUACCUCUUUCACAGGUUCGUGCAAUGACGAACCCACGCCACGUGUUGAAUAAGUUAAUGCGUUUGAUUGUGAGGUUAGCACGUGUUGGUAUUAUCCAUGGUGAUUUUAAUGGAUUUAACUUGAUGAUAUCAGAGGACGGUGAGCACGUGACAGUGAUAGAUUUUCCUCAAGUUGUAUCGGUAACCCAUCCCGAUGCUGCAUUUUACUUUGAUCGUGAUGUGGAAUGCAUUCGUGACAUGUUCCGAAAGAAAUUUAAACUGGAUGUUUUUGAAUAUCCUGUAUUUUCCGACGUAAUUCCAAAUCCGGAUGACAUUGGGGAUCGUGACCGUUUGAAGCUAAAGGUGGUGAUCGACAAGGUUGAUGACAACAUUCUAAGUGAGAUUUUGCAGCACCUUCGUCACGAAGAGGGCGCAAAGCAAGGUGACACUUCUGUGGAAGACAUUUCUACUGAGAUGUCCACUCUGAGUAUUGCCAAGGAUGAUAAUGAUGGCGACACGUCGUCUGUGGACUACAGUAGCGAGUCGCAUGUUGAUUCAUCCAGUGAUGGUGUUGAUGAAUCGGACUCUGCUACUGGGAGCGACACCGGCAGUGACUAUGAGAGCGGCUCAGACGAAGGCGAUGAGCGUGAGGAGAAGUGCAAACCUAUACAGAUAUGGACUCCUCAUGUCAAGAAGAUUGGGGCCAAUGCUUAUGGUCGUCGUCUAAACAGUCGUGCACGUAAUAAGGCAAAGGCGGAGACCAAGAAGGGACACCGCGCGCGCAAGCAGCUUACUGAGGUUAAGUUGGCUGUAAAGAGUGCAAACUGUUGGUGACUUAGCAUUAAUCAUGUUUC